UAGAUCAGUACCGGCAGGUGAACCAGGAAGUUGCGCAGUGAAACAGAAAAUUUCACAGCAGAGCUCCACUGUGCUGCAGUACACACUGACAGACAGACAUACCGACAGAGAGACAGACAGACGGGCCGGUGUUUGUAGAUUAGAGUUAGUUCAGUAUUAAUGUGUAAUGAGUUUACAGCAUGCACGGCUCUGUUCGCUACAGUAAGCUAGCCUCAGCAGAGCCCGCGGAGGAGCCGCAGAGUUCCCGCGCUGAGGAGCAGCAGCAGGAGGAGGAGGAGAGUGACGGGGGAGAGGUGACAGUUUACCUCACACAGCCAGACGAUACACUAAAUGGGAAGGAUGUGAAGAAAGACACGUGGUUCAGGGUGAUGGUGGCUCUAAUUCUGCUGGGUAUCGUCUUUGGGUUCAUGCUCUGUGAAUGGUACAGAUGGUGGCCUGAUCCUUUAGGGCUACAGACCCACCUUAGCAAUGAUGCCGGGGUCCUGGAAGAACAUCACCACGACCACCACAACCACCAUGAAGGGGAAGAAGAUGAUGACCAUGAAGAUGGAGAUCAUCACCAUGAUCCUGGUGGCCACUCCCAUGAUCAUACAUCUUUGUACCAUCAUGGUGUUGUCUUGACAUCUUCAGCUUACUGCUCCAGGGCCGGUAAGGAGCUUCUACGGGAGGGAGGAAACGUGGUGGAUGCGGCUAUCGCUUCUCUGCUCUGCCUGGGAGUCGUCCACCCACACACAUCGGGAGUAGGUGGCAUGUUCUCAGCCGUACUCUACAACUUCACGACAGGAUCAUGUAAUUCAAUACGUUCAACUGCACCACAGCUUCCUUCUGCCAGUUAUGGAGUUCCAUCUGUCCUGCAGGGGCUCAAAGACCUUCACUCUCAAUGGGGACGUUCGGAAUGGAGCAGGCUUUUCAAGGACGCCAUUACUCUGGCUGAGGAUGGCUUCCACAUCGAUGGUGUCCUGGGCAGAGCCUUGGCAACUCACAAGGAAAAAAUCCUGCAGUCAGAAGCGUGCGAUAUUUUCUGCGACGGGAGUGGACGUGUGAAAUCGGCGGGUGUGCUCGCCGGCAACCAGAAUCUAUCAGAGCUGUUGCGGGCGGCUAGCCUAAAUGAGUCCCAUUUCCCAGAAACGCUGGCCAUGAAAUUGGCUGAAGACCUCUCGGCACGCGAGAGGCCCACUUUCUUAGCCGCCCUUCGGCAGAGCCGUGGAGAAAUCAAUGAGUCCCUUAUCGCGCCGGGAGAGAAAUACACUGUCCUUUCAGCCGGCUCCCCUUAUGCCGGGCCGAUGCUAUCUGAUAUAUUAGAGCGAGUCAGGGAGCAAAGCCUUUCCUUUCAGAGCGCUGCUGGAGAUUUGAACAGGGCCGCCGCCACUUUCGCCAGCCUCUUAAACUUGACUCAAGGACUUGACAAUAGAGCCCCAGCUGAGAAGAACCAGGAUCUUGCGGAGUUAUUGGCUCUCGAUACACAGAGCAGUCACAUCGGGGUGCUGGACGGGAAGGGUAAUUUCAUAGUAAUGUCGGCUUCGCUGAACAAUACGUGGGGUUCGGGUCGGUUCUUGCCGUCUAGUGGAGUAAUGCUUAGCAGUUUUACCUCAAACAUCUCAGACGUCCCUUACUUUAGCUUUCCUUUGCUUGUAAAGAUCAACAACGAUGACGACGAUGAUAGUAAUGAUACUGAAAGUAAUGAUACUCAGGGUGAAUCUGAAGAAGAUAAAGAAGUACAAAUCAUAGCCACAACUGGAGGACUUUCUGCUUUACUUAAUGCAGCCGUUCUCCUGCAAAGGCUUGACUUCGGGACGGCUCCUGCCGAUGCCGUUAGUAGCCCACUGCUCCAUCUGCAGUGGGGGAACUCUACAGCCAUGGCCGUUUGCCUGUCUAGCAUUUCAAAUAGCUCAGACGUCUAUAGGCUGCUAUCAGAGACAGAUGGUCAGCUGCAGCAGGUGGACGAAUGCUCAGAUGGCACUCUGUCCAUGGUACUGCGCUUCCAUGCAGAACAUGCUAGUGCAUAUGGAGCUCCUGUAUCCAGUGCUCAUGCUGAUGGAUACUGAAUGAAGGAUAAUAACAUUGUAAUCGUAUGCCUAAUCAGGUUUAAAGAUUGCUCUUUAUUUGGAGGGGUUCCUAGUUUAUCUAUAGCUUGUUAACAGAGUCUAAAGAAUCUGGUUAGAAGCUGGAUUUAGGCUAUGAGGAGAACCAGGUUUAUUUAGAUUAGGAUUUGUGAAACUUAUUUAUAUUAGAUUUUAAACAAGCUAUGUAUAAUUUUAACACAUUGGAGGCAGGAUUUUAUUCUACAUAAAAAAAUUAAAACAACAAAGAACAGAAACUGAAACAGUAACACAAACAAUAAGGCUAAAUAAAGACUAUAAAACAAAGGACUAAACAAGAAGACUAGUAAACAAACAAGCAAAAAUAAGCAAACAAACUAAAGAAGACUAAACAGAAAUUUACACCAACAUGGCAAAACUGAUGCUCAAACUAACAGCAAUCAACAUAUAAGCAGGGUAACAAGACAGGCUCAAACAAAAAGCACCACAGAAAACAAAGAAACACAUGGGGUAUAUAUACAACUAGGACACAGGAAACACCUGGGUCAGGAAACAAGGGGGCGGAGUAACAAAGGGACAAAUAGGGUCAAAAAAGGCUAGGGUGAGGCUAGUACAGUGACAAGACAAUAAUCAAACAGGGCUAUGUGCUCAAAGAGCCAUAUUUUUGGCUUUCUCAACCCUAUAGUGUUUUUUAACCUAAUGUUUUUUUUUGUUAUAAUUUGAGUGUACAUUAAUAACUUCUACAUUACGUUAUGCAAAACACAUUUAGGACUGUACAAUUGUAGUACUCUCCACUAAAGACCAUUGGUUCCAGUUAUGACGAUGCAGACAGCUAGUUGUACAUGGGUGUAUGACCGACAUCCCACCUCUCUCUUGACUCACAAGAUCCCAAAGAUUCUCAGUGGGGUUAAGGUCUGGACUCUGUGGUGAACAAUCCAUGUGUAAAAAAUUAUGAUCUCAUGCUCUCUGAAGCACUCUUUCACAAUUCCAGCACGAUGAAUCCUGGCAUUUUCAUCUUGGAAUGUGACCGUGCCAUCAGGGAAGAACAAAUGAUGGAAUAACCUGAUCUAUAUUUAGUAUAUUCAGGUAGUCAGCUGACUUCAUUCUUUCAUCACAUACUGUUGCUGAACUCCAAAUCAUUUGCUUAGUUAAAUCCAGAUGGCGAUUUAUUAUUAUUAUUUUUUGGCAAGGCAGGCCAGGUGUAGUUCUGCAUGCGUCAUGCAGCCGUCUGCCAAUGGUGCUGGCAUUAACAGGAUGAUUCAUAAAAGGGAAUCAGAAUCAAUGCUCACAGAAUGCCAGUGUUCACAGCUGUUGUAAUCAGAUUACUCUAAACACAUUAGACAAAUUAGCUUUUGUUAAUCUACACAUGUACAGCUGUGUGUUUCCAUGCACAUGAUACUAAAAGUAUUCAGUGGACAGUGGAUGUUUGUACAGGUCUAUAUGUGUUUUGCAUAAUGUGCAAAUGUCAGAAUGCAGUAGCCAUUAGCUGUUGCUCCUCGUGUUCUCUCUACUAUUCAAACUCGUUUGGUCGCGCAGCCGGACAGCAUUAUCGGCCUACCUCCAGAGCGCCGGCUGCUUGUUACAUUAAUUUAGACGAAUGUGCGCAAGGCAUGUAUAUUGAUGCCUGGCUUCACACGGCAGGGUCUUAUCAGAGCUCUGCCGCCUGAGGGCUUACCUGCGUUCCCUUCCCCCUUUGAUAAAUCUUGAUUUUGCACACAGCAGGUGAGUGGUCCACGCUGAUGGAAAAAAUUGCUUUCUUUAUUGCUGUGGAGGCAGAUUUUUUCCCCAUCACAUCUCUCCCCCCUCCGCUUCCCCUCCCUCCUUUGAUUGUAAAAGAUGUGGUCUGUCUUCGUCGGCCUCUGCCGUCGACUUUGAUUUUUAUUCCCCGGGCGCACUGUAGUGUGCUAUUCCUCUCUUCUGCUUCGCUGUUCUAAAUCACCAGUGUCUGGCAAAACAGCGGGACAGAAUACAUCAGGGUUCAGGCCAUUCUGUUCUUUAAGCUGAAUCUGAAAACACACUACGUUUAGGGCAGAACUGCUGGCUUAUGCUUUAAAAAAAAAAAAAAACGGGAAAAAGAGACAGCGAUUUUUUAUCAUUACUGUCUUUGGAAAACCUUGUAGCUCUAAAACUUUCUAGGAUAAGGAAAAUACAUUUUUCAUUUUAAUCUUUUAAUGUACAGGUGGGUGGUAUAAAUAUAGGUAAUUGCCUGUUGAAAAACAAGGAAAAAACAAAAAACAGCCUGGCUAGCUCAAGGUGGAAAAAAACUCUCUUGACCAGCAUAGAAUAUGUUUUUUUAGCUUAACCACCAGGCAGCACGAACAGCAUCACCAACCUAUUGACCUGAUCAAGCUGUUCCAUCAUGACCAAGCUAAUUAAAGACCAGUUUAACCAACAAAGCCAAGUUAAUCAAUCCAACAUAUAUAAGAUUGCUGAUCAGCAUAUCUAACAUGACCAAGCUAGUUGGCCAGUUUAGCCAAAAUUAACCAAGUUGUUCCAACAUGGCCAAGCUACUUAACCAAACAAAAACAAAACACUUGGCUUGCAUAAGCUAAAGAAAAUGUCAGUGGCUUAAAGAAUCAUCUUCGUCAUCCAGCUCAACCAAUAUAACCAAGCUAAUCCAACAUGAUCAGACUGGUAGACUAGGAUAACCAACCUAACUGAUCUGCAUUAACAACAUACUCAAACAAAUGGCCAAACAAAGCCAGUUUAACCAAAAAUAACCAAGCUAUUCCAACAUGACCAAGCUACUUAACCAGCACAAGCAAUAUAGUUGGCCUGCAUAAACAACAUGAUCAAGCUAGUUGACCAUCUUGACCAAACUGAUCAAGCUAGUCAUUUACAAGCUAGUUAAAAAUGACAAGUGCAGGGUGGUAAAAGUAUGUGAACCCCUUGGCUAAUACAUUUUCUAAGAGCUAAUUGGAUCCAGGAGUCAGUCAAAAUGGGGUUCAAUUAAUGUGAUAAGAUUAGAUGUGUUGGUUAAAGCUGCCCUGCCCUAUAAAACACACACACCAGUUUUAAGUUGGUGAAGCAUUGAGAAGCAUUGCUUGAUGUGAAUCAUGCCUCGCACAAAAGAGCUCUCAGAAGACCUACGUUCAAGAAUUAUUGACUUGCAUGAAGCUGGAAAGGGUUACUAAAAAAGUAUCUCUGAAAGCCUUGAUGUUCAUGUGUCCACGGUAAGACAGAUGGUCCAUAAAUGGAGGCAGUUCAGCACUGUUGCUACUCUCCCUAGGUGAGGUUGUCUUGUAAAGAUGACUGCAAGAGCACAGCGCAGACUGAUCAGUGAGGUGAGGAAGAAUCCUAGAAUGUCAGCUGAAGACUUAGAGAAACCUCUGGCAAAUUUUUUGUUGACAAAUCUGCAAUAAGGAAAACAUUAAACAUGGCGGAGGGUUCCAUCACUGAGGAAGCCACUGCUGUCCAAACAAAUAUUGCUGCACGUUUGAAGUUUGCAAAAAAGCACCUGGAUGUUCCACAGCACUACUGGCAAAAAAAGACUGUGGACAGAUUUUGAGUUGAUAAAAUUGAAUUGUUUGGAAGGAACACACAAUGCUAUGUGUGGAAAAAAACAGCACAGCACACCAUCAUCAAAACCUCAUCCCAACUGUGAAACAUGGUGGAGGGGGCAUCAUGGUUGGGGCUGCUUUGCUGCCUCAAGGCCUGGGCGGAUUUCCGUCAUCAACGGAAAAAUGAAUUCCCAAGUUUAUUUUUGCAGCUGUAUGUAUUUUUAUUAAUAUGAAGUGGACAUUUUCAUAGAAAUAUCCUCUUAAGGAAGACAUAGUUGAGGUAAUUAUUAAGAAGUUUUAGUGUCUUUAGUUCUGUCAUAUAUUUAUUAUUUUUAAUAAUUGUGAAGCUACACAGCACAACAAUUGCUCUGAAUCUGUCAAAUUCUGAGAUGUAUGAUGUUUUCUAAUCUUGCACUGAAGCCUAAAAAUUGCUUUAAUACUGUAUAGAAAUGUUAUGAAUGUUAUGAAUGCCUGCCUAAUCCAGUUGGAGUCACUGUAUUGCACUGAAAUGAUGACGUAUGAAGAUACAGUAUAUUUGAUUACAUUUACUUAAUACAGUAAAAUGCAUUUUUUUCCCA